AUGGUUGGAACCAGAAAUUUGAUCGUUCGAUCAUUGGCACUUCGUCACGCAAUCAAGAACACUGUUCGUCCUCUCUUAACCAACACCAACCUUCAUUCACGAAUUUCCAAAUCGUCUCUCUUCGCCGCCACACUCGCCUCUUCCUCCUACUCCUCCCACCUCUCCUUCCACCAUUCCCGUUCCCUUUCCUCCGCCUCAGCUUCCCCUGGCCUUAUCCUUGUUGAUUCCGCGGAAGAGUUCGAUAAAAUCCUUAGCAAAGUUCAAGAUGACUCGUUGCACGCGAUUUUCUAUUUCACUGCUGUUUGGUGUGGACCUUGCAGGUUCAUUUCUCCUAUAGUUGGGGAGCUCAGUAAGAAGUAUCCUAAUGUGGCAACUUAUAAGAUUGACAUUGAUCAGGAAGCAAUUCAAGACACAUUGAGCAGGUUGCAGAUUACAUCUGUGCCGACACUUCACUUCUUUCAAAAUGGGAAAAAGACUGAUGAACUUAUAGGUGCAGAUGUUGCGCGAUUGAAUCAUAUUACAGAGAAACUCUUCAAGAAGGACUAA